AUGGGCUACGUUAGCGAUCAACCCAGCGCGCUCAUCGUCCCUUUACUCUUGACCUUCGCUCCCAUUCCAGUGGUCAUCGCUACUCGUCCCCCGAAGGUUAUUCGCGCACUCGUGCUCGGCGCCCAAUGCCAGAUUGUCUACUCGGCUAUGAAGCGCAACCGCUUUCCUAUGGGCGACCCAUACCAGGAUUAUGUCGGGGCAGAUUCGCUGGGCAUGAUGUUGCUGACUGCAAUUCACUGGUACUUCCUGGCCGACCCGCUGAACGAUGGCACGCAACGUGAAGGCGAGACACAGCCUGCUCGGGAGAUGCCGCUACCGAAGCGCCUGUGGUGGGCCACAUACCUGGUUGGGUGCGUGCGCGGGGUGGGGUGGAAUAACACGAUUGCCAACACGCCCACAGUCCCACCGAGCGAGAGUCGCCGCUCUUUCGUCAUCCACCGCCUACGCGAUGCAGCGCUCUACGUCUUCAUCGAGGACAUUGCCGGCAUCUACCUCACGCACAACCCCAUUACCUCCUCUCGCGCCGCGGAGAAGAUACAGGCGUCCUCGCAAGGACCGCUCUUCCAAGUGCUUUCCUCCCUGCUUUAUAUGGGCAAUUUUUGGGCGGACUCGCAGUUGCCAUACACCUUGAUUAGCGCACUCAUCGUUGGACUUGGGUGGUCGGAGCCGAGGCUGUUCCCGCCGCUAUGGGGGAGCUUUUGGGAUGCGUGGACGCCGGUCAUGGCAUCAUUUCAUGCGCCGGGUACGUCCUUCAUCCUGAUUUAUAUGAAAUCGCACUUCUACGAAACCCAGUUCAUCUCCUCCAUCGGCAAGGCCACUGCCCGUUUCCUCCACGCACCACAAGGAAGCGCCGCCUCCACCUACAUCCAGCUCUACGUCGGCUUCCUCGUCUCUGCCCUCGCGCACGCUACGGGCGAUAUCAGCAUCGGCAACGGCUUUGGCGCCUCGUGCUGGUUCUUCAUCGCGCAGGCGGUGGCCAUUACCUUCGAGGAUGCGGUCAUUGGCUUGGGCAAGAGGUUGGGAAUUCCAGAGACGGCAACGACGAGGACGCUGGGUCGCCUUUGGGUGGCGGUGUGGGUUUAUUGGGAGGCCGCUGCCGCAUUGUUUGCCGUUCUCGCCGAUCAGCAUGAUGUGGAAGGCGGCGGGGAUGGAGGGGAGGUGGGCGUUCAACUUUCCGCAGCCAAAGGUAGUAUAAGCAAACAAUUGCGAGAUACGAUACGGGAUACAGUGCACGAAUAA